UAGUUAUUAUAUAUAUCAGUAAAUCUUUAGUUUAUUCCAGAAACGUUCUUUCUUCUAAUCUUGAUCAUAAUGAAGAAGCACUUUGUCUGUUUCAUUGAAUAUAUAUGUUGAUCAUAAUAAUAAUAUUCUUGGCAUGAAUGAAGCAGGGAAUAUUUUAAUGCGUUAUUUUAUUGGAUUACUCUCUACUUUGAUGCUUGAUUGGUUUGCUUUCACAAAGUUUCAUUGGUGGACCUUUCCACUUAUUACUACACAUUUUAAAACAAAUCUGCUUUUUUUUUUCUCAUCAUUUUCUGUUAGCUGCCUUGUCUGUUGUCUGCAUUUCAUUUUUAGCCUUCCUUCUACACUCAACUUGACAUAUCUGCUUAUAGGCAAAUCUGGGCAUGUUCUCAGUGCUUAGACUUUGAGGUUUGUUGGUACGAGAUUUUUUUUUUUGUUUUUUUGAGUGACGAGGGAAGUUCAUAGCCACUACCUACUCGAGGAUUUGCACAGGAUAAACCCUGCCUUAUGAUCUUAAUCAUCAAAAGACCACAGGGAGGUAAACCAGCUGAGGUUGUUCAUAACUUACCGGCUCAAAACAAGAAAGCCAAUAAGCCGUUCCUGCUGGGAGUUGAACUUGUAAUCAUGUGGUUACCUAGUCAACAAUCUGACCCCUUGAUGAUGAGGUUUUCCAUGCCAAAUGUCCUCGUUUUCCUGAUCUGUGCAGCAUGGACACUGCAAAUUCGUGGUGAGGGGCCUUAUAAUCCAUCCGAGACAAAUAAGUGGGAAUGCGCCUGUUUCAAUGAUUCGAGACGUAUGAUCCCUGCCAAUUGUUCUUCGUCCUGUGAUUGCAAUCUCGAAGGGUUUAGUGAAAGCAGAUGGAUGUGUGUAUGUCCUGCAGACCGCUUGCCUUUAGUCGCUGCUGAUGAACGUAACGAUGUUGGCUGUUUCACUUCCUGCACUUGCCGUUAUGGGGCUGUGAGUGAAAUGCACUCUCCAAAUAAGUGGAUUUUCAGCAAAGGCGUUUUCGUUGCCCUCUUGCUUUGUUCCGUUCUUGCAACUCUUGCUUCUGUUGCUCUGAUGUUGUUCUAUAUCCACCGAAGGAAUAAAUACUCCAUCGAUCCCCCUAAGUUUUCGUCCGAACAAGAAACGAGUUUUGGUUGUCUGUUUAGUGUUCCAAGGCUGUUCAGAAGCAAAGUGGGAACAUCAUAUGGAACAAUCACGCGGUUUUCAUACCUCGAACUAGAGACUGCAACGGGUAAGUUCUCGUGUUCCAAUCUGAUUGGAGUUGGAGGGAGCAGCUGCGUUUACCGGGGCGAGCUGAAGGAUGGAAGAGCUGUUGCAGUUAAGAAAAUAAAAGGCGAGGAGGGAGAACCGGACAGAGAAUCCUCGUUCUUGUCAGAGAUAGAACUGAUAUCAAGGCUGCAUCACUGUCAUGUGGUGCCAUUGCUGGGCUACUGCUCAGAACGCCACGGGAAACGCUCUCUCAGGCUGCUUGUAUUCGAGUACAUGCCUAAUGGAAGUCUACGAGACUGCCUGGAUGGAGCUUCGGGGAGACGUUUGGAGUGGAAUGCUCGGGUUGCAAUCGCCCUUGGAGCUGCUCGGGGGCUGGAGUAUCUACACGAGGCGGCAGCGCCAAGGAUUUUGCACCGGGAUGUCAAGUCCACAAAUAUUUUACUGGAUGGGAAUUGGAGAGCCAAGAUUACUGACCUUGGCAUGGCUAAAUGCCUGCAAAAUGAUGGAGUGCUCAGCUGUCCCAGUUCUCCAGCUAGAAUGCAUGGGACCUUCGGUUAUAUUGCACCAGAGUAUGCGAUUGGCGAAAGAGCCUCUUUGAAGUCUGAUGUCUUCAGUUUUGGCGUUGUACUUCUUGAACUGAUUACCGGUCGGCCGCCCAUUCAGAAAUCAGCAGACAAAAGAGAGGAGAGCCUUGUGAUAUGGGUAGCACCUCAUUUGCAAGAUAGUCAGCAAGUGAGUUCAGGUUUUGCAGACCCAAAUUUGCAAGGGGAGUUUGAGGAAGAUGAGAUGCAGGUUAUGGCAUUCUUGGCAAGAGAGUGCCUGCUCUUGGAUCCUCAUUCUAGGCCAAGCAUGAGUGAGAUUGUUCAGCUUCUCUCAACUAUUGCACCACAUCAAAAAUCCAAGAGGAAGAAUUUUCUGGGAAAUAGCUUUAAGAGCUCAUUCAUCCAUGAUGUUGGAAAUGAUGGAAGAAUGGAAGCUGAGGAGAUAAAGCAAAUCACAUCCCAUAUUGAGCCACCUUGCAGCAGCCAUGAUCACUAUGGUCAAAUCACUGAGAAAGUUGAUGCUGUAGAUUUCUCUAAGUGUGCAGAAAGAAUGAUUCUUCUCACUUCUAGUGCAAGGAGUUGGCAUUCUCAAGAAGAUGAUGAGGUUGUGGACUUAACUGAACCCAGGUUUGAAUCCUUCAAUAUGCUAAACAGGUAACCUCAUAGAGGCAAAUAAACACAUUGUUUUGCUCAUAGAGGUUGGCUUUAGCAUUCAAUAGUCGUAGGUUCGAUUCCCAUGAAAAGAAUAUAUCUAUGAUGUCAAAGUAUUGUAUCAUCCUUCCAUGUGUAAAGGUAUCAUAUCAUAAAAUAAUAAAAUAAGACAAUAUUCAGGGUGUGUU